AAGUGAUUUUUAUUACGUGUGUCUUUUAAAUGGCUCAGUUGAAUUAGUUCACCUAAACUUAUGAUAAGACAUGAACUAAAAAAAUACGUUUUUAACAAUGGCAGUACACUCACUUCAGUCACUGUCAAACUGAGAUUGUCGAAUUCUGAUCCCCGUGUUUAUAUUGUUUGAAUGUAAAUAAACAGGUUAACAGUUUUCGCGUAAGAAUAAAUCUAGCAAAAAUCCUACCAUGACAUUAGAUUUUGCAAAAGAGAAAGUUUUUUGGACCAGAAAAAUGAAUUUAAAAUUAGUGAAAUUUAUGGAACGUAAACCUAAUAUUUGGAAUCCAAAGCAUCCAAAAUACACAUCUGUCGAGCAUAGAGAUCAAACUUAUGCAGAAUUUGCGUCUAAAUAUGGCAACGAAUUCACGGGACAGGCAGUAAAAGACCGAUGGACGAAUAUAAGGUCGACAUUUGCCAAUCACUUAAGAAAACUAAAAGCAAGUCAGGCUAAAGGAGAUGGAAAGGUUUGUAAAAUUACCUGGCACUUGUGGGAUGCAUGUAGGUUUCUACUUACGGUAAAUAAAAACAGUCUUACUAAUGGGGAUACCUCAAGGACAACAAAUAAUGAUUCACCAAAAGAAGAUGAUAGCAUGCAAAGUGAGAACGAAUCAAAAAUAUCUACAAAUGAGGUUGAUGCUACUUGUCAGAAUGUAGCAAACAGUAUACUAAAUGCAUUAAGAGGAGUUCAACAUGAUGUCUUUAAUGUUGAUGACACUAAAUAUGGUCAAAUAGGUAGAUUAGUGGCUAGUAAACUCUCUCAAAUGAGUUCUUAUGAAGCAGCCCAAAUGUCACAUAAAAUAUUAGGGAUUUUACUUGUAUAUGAUGAAGGAUGCCCUAUAAAUCCAAAUAAAAUGAAAACAGAAUGAUGAAUUAAGACAUUGUUUUUAUCCAAGAUUGUAUAUUUUUCAUUAAGUAUUGAUAUAGUUUUAAAAAUGU